AUGGCUCGACCGCUGAUUGCGUACAGCUGCACGAGCGUACACGGAGGUCAAGCGGUGCCGUUCCGAAGUACAAGCCCGCUUCCAGGUCGGGGCCUCCGCAGCCGAACCCGGCACUCCUGUCGCACAUUCACGCGUCCUGGACACGUGUACGCCUCGUCUGGUCGAGGCGGUGGUCCCCGCGAUAUGCGCUACAUCGGUCGUGCAGUUGCGCUGCACGGCGUGGUUCCGGUUGGCUCUGGGGUCGGGUUCGGUGGCAUUGUACAGCAGUACCGUGAACGUUCGGCACGAAAACGCGGACCAGAAGCAGCAGAAGAUGUCGCCUCCGCUAGCGCAAACGGGGAGCAAGGGAUGCAUCGAACACCGCCGAUUCUCCUCGGGCGCCGGCUCUACGUCCUGGAUACGAACGUUAUUCUGCACGACUCUUCAUGCCUGUGGCGGUUUGGUCAUCACGAUAUUUGUUUGCCAAUCACCGUUCUAGAAGAGCUGGAUAAGUUUAAGCGUGGGAACGAGGAGAUUCAUUUUCACGCUCGAGAGUUUCUGCGGAUGCUCGACGAAAUGACUAUACUUCACAGCCGUGCUGCGCGGAACGACCAGCCUGCCGCAGAAUCGAAAGACUGCGCAAGCGCGCACCUGCGGGGGAGCAAAUUUUCCGCGCGAGAUGGUUCCGGGACUGGAGACUGGAAUCUUACGGCCGCUUCACCGUCUUCUCGAGACUGGUUAGUUCAGGGCGUCCCGCUGAACAAGGAGAAUGCCGAGCACGGAUCGGUGCGUAUUUCGCUCCAUUGCAGAGAUGCUCGCAUGGAGCGCCUUUUUUUCUACGACAGCCCCGACAUGCGGAUACUGGCUUCUGUCCACGCGCUUGCUGUUGCAGAGUCGGCUGAGCCACCAACGUGGACGCCGCCUCCGGAGGAAGGCGAGCUCACCGAUUCCGUGUAUGGAUCGGUGUUGCAAACAAACCAUGCGGGCCAGCGGUUGCUUUACGAGCGUGUGGUCCUAGUCACCAAGGAUGUGAACCUGCGCAUGAAGGCUCGUGCGUUGGGCCUCCAUGCCGAAGACUACGAACAGGAUCGGGUUGAGAGCAUUAGCAAGCUAUAUUUAGGCCAGCGACUUAUCGAAAACGUACCGAACGAACUGAUCGAAGCGCUAGUUGGGCGAGCAGAAGGACUGACCGCAGCGGAGUUCACUUCGCUCAUGCGAUCACACGCCAGUGCAUGUUGUGCUGAGAAAUCCACCAACGAUGUCGGAUUUGUUCCAUCAGAGACCGCGCGGAGCGCUAUACAUUGGCUCGGACAACAAAUCAUGCACAAGCGGAGCCUCGCGAACCCAGCAGCGUCAAAAGAGAAUGAUGUCGCACCCGACGGAACUUGCGCACCGCAAGCAGCAAGUGCUGCUGCUCCUGCUGCUACUGCUGAAGAUUCGUUCGCAAUGAAGCCCCUUCCGAACGAGCAUUUCAUCCUUCGAAAUGCGUCGAGCUCGGUGCUUGCUACAUUCGCGAUGUCCAAGGAUUGCGGUGAUUUCACAUUUCAGCGAGUUGAUCGAGUCUCAGCAUACGGAAUCAUGCCGCGUAACGCGGAGCAAACCUUCGCGCUGCGCGUCCUAUUAGACCCAUCGAUACCGCUGGUCACCAUAUGCGGCGUCGCUGGCACCGGGAAAACCCUGCUCUGUCUGGCUGCCGCUCUGGAAAUGACGAGUCGCGGCUUUUACGAGCAGAUAUUCGUCUCGCGACCUAUUGUCCCAUUGGGCAACCGCGAUGUCGGCUUCCUCCCAGGCGACUUGGACGAAAAACUCGCGCCCUACAUGCAGCCACUCUACGACAAUCUCGGCGUCAUCAAAGCUGCGCAUUUGCACACCAAAGAUAAUGGCAAAGUUGUGCCCACCGCGCGCAGCCGCGAGAUCGAUGAUAUGAUGGCAAGCGAGCGGAUCAAAAUCGCGGCCCUGGCGUACAUCCGAGGACGAUCGCUCAGUCGUACGUUUCUGAUCGUGGACGAGAGCCAAAACCUAACCCCACAUGAGGUCAAAACGAUCAUAACCCGAGCUGGCGAAGGGACCAAAGUGGUUCUCUGCGGCGAUCUUCAUCAGAUCGACAACCCCUAUGUUGAUGGACAUAGCAAUGGUCUCUCUUAUUUGAUCGAACGAAUGAAGGGACAAUCACUUUAUGCACACGUAACAUUAGAAAAAGGCGAACGUAGCGAGCUCAGCAAAUUGGCAAGCGAGCUGCUCUAG